UCAAACCCAACUUUUUCUCUUCCUUUUUCCAGAAACGUUUUUUGAAUUGACGCAAGAUUCAAGUAGCCGAGCCAAACCCCAAGGAAAUCGCGAGGAAAAACGAGAGAUGUGUAAAACAUUCGAUACUUUCAUAAAAAUUUCGUAUCCUUGAUUUUGCUGUGUUUCCGACUUAAACCCUGAUCCCCUUUUAUGGCCCAGAAACCGGAAAAUUAAAUUUACAGGGAAAAAGUAGUUCCAGAGGAAAAGAAAAGAAAAAAAGUGCAAAAAAAGGUGUAACUUUGGCGAAUACCCAUUUGGGCGUUGGAGUCAGAUCCUAAAAAAGGAGUUAUCUUUAUUGUGUGAUUCGGUUUUGGCAAUGAAUGGGAGCAAUGGGGAGGAGCGAAUCGUUCACGAAGUUGCAAUGGUGGUUCCUAAGAGGGUUCGGGAAGAAGAAGAAGAAGGAAACUGUGUUGAGGUUUUGGUGACUGAACUAAAGAAGAGAGGGAUGGUUGUUGAUAGAGUCGUUGGUCUCGCAGAUGAGUUUCUCAAGGUAGCAGCUCCUUUGGAGACCUUGGGGAAUGCAGCAGCAGAACUUCAUAUACGAAAGCCUACUCGUCUUGGAAUUGAUCUGCCCUUUGAGAUGCAAGGAUCUGAGGCUUUCAUCCGGCAACCUGAUGGAACGCUAUUCAGCUGGUUUGAACGGUUUCGGUGCUAUCAACAUCUUCUUUAUGGAAUCGUAAACUGUGAUGGAUGCGACGUUACACUGAAAUUUGACGGCAGAGAGCUUUGUUGGGCGGCAGGAGAAUCAUUAGUUCGUACAUUAGAAUCAGAGGGCAUCAUUAAACAAAUGUUUCCUCUUCAUGAUGAAUUAAAGAGGAAGGAACUUCUCCAAACUUGGGCAUUAAAUUGGUGGAACUUCACAAACCAACCAAUUGAUCAGAUCUACUCUUACUUUGGCGCAAAGAUUGGAGUCUACUUUUCGUUCUUGGGAAUGUAUACGCAAUGGUUAAUAUUUCCAGCCUUUCUUGGGUUUAUGGUGCAGAUGGUUGAUUUCGGAGCCUUGCAGUUUCUUGUUCUCCCAAGUUUCUUUAUCAGCACAAUACUCUGGGCUACCUUGUUUCUUCAGUUCUGGAAACGUAAAAAUGCAGCCUUGUUAGCUAGAUGGCAGAUAAAUUAUUUAGUUGGCCCCAGUCAAGGAUAUAGAUUUCUUGGAAUGGAAUGGAGUUCCCUUCCGUUUCCAAAGGAACUUAUAAAGAAUCUCGGAAAUAAGAUUUCCACAGAGAAGGAAGCAUAUCAAAGAUAUGAAUGGUUUGCUUAUCGCAAGAGGUUUAGGAAUGAUGUUUUCAUUAUCCUUAGCAUUAUCUGCCUCCAACUUCCAUUUGAGCUGGCGUAUGCUCAUAUCUACGAGAUGAUCUCAUCCGAUAUAAUCAAGUUUAUAUUGACAGCUAUCUACCUUCUAAUCAUUCAGUACCUCACGAGGUUGGGAGGCAAAGUAUCUGUCAAGCUGAUAAACCGAGAAAUCAACGAGAGUGUGGAAUAUCGAGCUAACAGCUUAAUUUACAAAGUUUUUGGGCUCUAUUUUAUGCAGACAUACAUUGGGAUCUUCUACCACGUUCUGUUACACCGCAACUUCAUGACACUUCGUCAAGUAUUGCUCCAACGGUUAAUAAUAUCACAGGUUUUCUGGACCUUGAUGGAUGGUUCUUUGCCUUACCUUAAGUACAGCUACAGAAAAUUUAGAGCUAGGAAGAAGAAGAAAAAUGAAGGUGGACCAUCUACAGGGAAGAUACAAAUCGCCUCAAGAGUUGAGAAGGAAUAUUUCAAGCCUGCAUAUUCAGCAAGCAUUGGUGUAGAACUUGAAGAUGGACUUUUUGAUGAUUCCCUCGAGCUGGCCUUGCAGUUUGGAAUGAUCAUGAUGUUUGCGUGUGCCUUCCCCCUUGCAUUUGCCCUUGCCGCAGUGAGCAAUAUAAUGGAAAUAAGAACAAAUGCUUUAAAGCUACUGGUCACGCUGCGAAGACCUCUUCCUCGUGCUGCAGCAACAAUUGGGGCGUGGUUAAACAUAUGGCAGUUUCUAGUAGUAACGUCCAUAUGUACAAACUCGGUGCUCUUGGUAUGCUUAUACGAUCAAGAAGGCAAAUGGAAGAUUGAACCGGGACUCGCUGCGAUUCUCAUCAUGGAACAUAUACUCUUGCUUCUGAAAUUUGGACUCUCUCGUCUAGUCCCUGAAGAGCCUGCUUGGGUUAGAGCUAAUCGUGUGAAGAAUGUGACCCAAGCACAAGACAUGUACUGUAAACAGCUCUUGAGAAGCAUUUCUGGUGAAUUUGCCUCCAUGACAAAACCUGAACGAGAACAACAACAAGAGUCGAAGCAAUUUUGACCAGAAAAACAGAAUCCAAGAAUGAAGAACGCCAAAGGUUUUCUUGUGUGUGCGUGUGACUGUUUGAUCUUUUGUUGCGUCAUUUUUAUACAUAAUGUGUGAUAUCUUGAAGACUUGCAUAGACAUGUCUAUCUCCUAUUUUGCCUGUAACAUGUUGAACUAUGAAGAAACCAUUUUUAAUAUAUGUUAUAG